CCUUCCCUAUACCCGUGGUUCCCGGUUCAGGAUCGUGCCCUGGGGCUGAUGCUGUGGGGGGGGGAUCCCCUCAUCACUGGGGUUGGGGUCCCUGUGGUUGAGCUGCUGUGGGCGCUGCAGCUCCAGGCGCCAACGGGGGACCCCACUGGUACCAUCCUCCAGCACCUGAACCUCAUGGAUGCACCUGAACCUCAUGGAUGCACCCAGACCCCAUGGAUGCACCCAGACCCCAUGGAUGCACCCAGUCCUCAUGGCUCUGGAUGUGCGCAGUGGCCCCAGGCAGGUUCCGUGCCGAUAACCUGAACAAACUGAAGAACCUGUGCAGCAAAACCAUCGGGGACAAGAUGAAGAGGAAGGAGCCGGUGGGGACGGAUGAAUCCGUUCCGGAUGGAGCCCAGAACCUGGAUGAGCUCACGGCCGAUGUGCUGGGGGCCCUGCAGGUCUCCCAGAUCAAGCAGAUCCGGCUCCUCAUCGAUGAAGCCAUCCUCAAGUGUGAUGCUGAGCGCCUGAGGCUGGAGGCCGAGCGCUUCGAGAGCCUCCGGGAGAUCGGGAACCUCCUGCAUCCCUCAGUGCCCAUCAGCAACGAUGAGGAUGUGGACAACAAAGUGGAGCGGGUGUGGGGCGACUGCAGCUGCAGGAAGAAGUAUUCCCACGUGGAUCUGGUGGUGAUGGUGGAUGGCUACGAGGGCGAGAAGGGCGCAGUCGUGGCCGGCAGCCGGGGCUACUUCCUGAAGGGUCCCCUGGUGUUCCUGGAGCAGGCGCUCAUCCAGUACGCGCUGCAGAGCCUCCGGGCCAAGGGCUACACCCCAGUCUACACCCCCUUCUUCAUGCGCAAGGAGGUGAUGCAGGAGGUGGCCCAGCUCAGCCAGUUCGACGAGGAGCUCUACAAGGUGAUCGGCAAGGGCAGUGAGCGCACCGAGGACAGCUCCAUAGACGAGAAGUACCUGAUAGCCACAUCAGAGCAGCCCAUAGCCGCUCUGCACCGCGACGAGUGGCUGCGGCCGGAGCAGCUGCCCCUCAAGUACGCAGGGCUCUCGACCUGCUUCCGGCAGGAGGUGGGAUCCCAUGGCCGCGACACCCGCGGCAUCUUCCGCGUGCACCAGUUCGAGAAGAUAGAGCAGUUCGUGUACUCAUCCCCCCGUGACAACAAGUCCUGGGAGCUCUUUGAGGAGAUGAUGGCCACGGCUGAGGAGUUCUACCAGAGCCUGGGCAUCCCCUACCGUGUUGUCAACAUUGUCUCGGGCUCCCUCAACCACGCUGCCAGCAAGAAGCUGGACCUGGAAGCUUGGUUCCCGGGAUCCGGAGCCUUCCGGGAGCUCGUGUCCUGCUCCAACUGCACCGAUUACCAGGCUCGGCGCCUGCGCAUCCGCUAUGGGCAGACCAAGAAGAUGAUGGACAAGGUGGAGUUCGUGCACAUGCUCAAUGCCACCAUGUGUGCCACCACCCGAACCAUCUGUGCCAUCCUGGAGAACCACCAGACCCCGGAGGGCAUCCGCAUCCCGGACAAGCUCCGGGACUUCAUGCCCCCAGACCUGCGGGAGCUGAUCCCCUUCGUGCGCCCGGCGCCCAUCGAGCAGGAGCUCUCCAAGAAGCAGAAGAAGCAGCAGGAAGGGGGCAAGAAACGCUCCGGGGGGGGGGGUGACCCCGUCCUGGAGGAGCAGAUGCAGAACAUGGGGGUCAACAGCGCCUGAGGGGUCCCCCCCCGACCCCCUGGGACCUUCAGGAACCCCCCCCAGGUCCUUCAGGGCUGCCUGAAUCCCUUCACCUGCAUCACCAGCCUGGGACUGAUGCUGCUGGGGCUCCGUGUGUGUGACCCCCACCCUGCCGCGCAGGGAUGGGGACCCCCCCUUGUCCCGUGUGCUCCCCGCAUCCCUGGAGCCACCAUUGGCUUCUCCAUCCGUGCAAUAAAGCUGGGAAUAGCUGA